GCGCCGCCGCACAACGCCCGCACCUGCGCCAGGGACAGCCCCUUCCCCUCGGAGUGUCCCUCGCGUGGCCCCUCGCGCGCCCCUCGUGGGGAGGAGUCCUUCAUCUCGAGGAGCAGGAGUUCCCUUCAGGAGUUUGUUGUUUGCCCUCGACGGCCCCUUGAAGAUCCACUUGUGCUUGGAGGCGAUCCUUCUGCUUGGCGCGUGUGUGCCUCCGUGACGUGCGUGCGUGCGUGCGUGCCAAGGAGCCGAAGGGCGGACCCGCGGGUGUGUUCUCCUGCAAGUGCCACAGAUGCCGUAGUCGUUAGUGCAAGCGAUCGGUGGACGCGCGCGGAGAGUGGCUCGCGCCGCGUCGAGUGUGUUUGCCUGCGAGCCUCACUUGGCCGCCAAGGAAGGAGAAGGACAGCCUCGCUCGAGUGACACUCGGACAGACAGACGCAAUCGCUUGUGUCGCGUUGCUUUGAGGAAAGAGGAAGGAAAUUGGAUCUACCGCCAGCGCUUCGGAACUCAUCCUCAGUAAAAUGGAGUCUCAUCGAUGCCUGUUGGUGCUGGCACUCAUCUGCCUAGCCAGUGCCAUCACUCACGUAGCCACACAACAGAUCCACGAGUCAAUGGCUCCAGAGGAUCUCCAAAGAAUAUUCCACGUGGAAUCAUCAGAUCAAGUCCCAGCCUACGACGUGGUGCGGCUGCGGUCCCGGCUGCGGCGAUCUGCGGACGGCGAUGAGGUGCGGACGGUCCACCUGCGGGCGCUGGGUUCGUCGCAGAUCCUGAACCUGCGGCCGAACGUCGACUUGGCCCGACGCGUCCCCCUCUUCUUCGCCGACCGGGACCACCUCGGGGGCGUGGCCGUCACCCCGACGUCGCAUGAUUUGGACGUGGGGAUUCCGCAUCAGGAUGAGCAGUCCCUGGCGGCGGUCAUGGUUGCCCAUCAUCCAAUCACGGGCGCUUUGACGAUGGACGGGACCGUCGGCGAGGACCUGGUCAUCGGCCUCUCCCGCCCACGCUCUACCACCUCGCCGAGCCCUCGCCGCCCACGCCGCCCUCGAGCCCGCCCGUGGGAGGGAGCCCCCGGGAGGAGGAGGUGUCCCUCAACCAGCUGACGCCUCCUGACGACGAGCUCUUCAUGGACGAGUUGGAGGAGCUGGAGGACGAGAUGGUGUUCGACGACGGCCUCCCACUCGACAAGGACGACAUGGGCUCGCUGCUCGACCUCCGCCCAGAGGGAACGCCUCGCUGCCCGAGGGCCUGACGCUGCUGAGGCGGAGACGCGGCGCCGAGACCGAAGGCUUCCACGUCGUGUACCGAAGGAGCAGCCCCGGCGUCGACACGGACUACGG